AUGGAAAUUUGUAAUCCAGAGGGGCCAUUCCGUCCAAUAUGGAGUAAGAUAUUUUUAAUAUCGUGUGUGUGUGCUGUCUCACUGGACCCUUUGCUCUUUUACAUUCCAAUCAUCCAUCAGCAAAACAAGUGCCUUCGAAUGGACACAACGUUGAGGACAGUUGCUCUUCUUUCACGAUCAGUCACGGAUUUCAUUUUCAUGGUGCAUUUUGUGUAUAAAACUACAAAUGGACCCUCCAAUUCCAAGGCACCACAAACUGGAGAAGGACAUUCGGAUCCCAAAUCAAAAAUAAGCGAGUUGAUUCGACUUGCAAGGGAAAUAGUUCACAACAACUUGCCCUGGUUAUCUGUCUCCGUCAUAAUUGACUUUUUCGCUCUUCUUCCCAUCCCGCAACUGGUAAUAGUAAUUCCUUUUUACAACACGAAGGUCUCCCUAUAUUUUUUGGAGCAUAAAAAGAUUCUGAAUAUCUUUCUUCUUAGUCAAUAUCUACCAAGGAUAUACCGACUUCACCUAUUUUCUAACGAACUCAAAACGACUACUAAAGUGUGGAUUAAAGGCCUAUUUAAUUUCUUUCUCUACAUUCUUGCAAGUCAUAUACUCGGAGCUUUUUGGUACUUCUUUUCUAUUCAACGAGAGACAUCAUGCUGGUACCAGGCCUGUGAUCAUAGUGCAAAUCGCCGGGAAUGUCGGAAUAGUUUCUAUUGCGACAGUACUACUUCAAGAAAUAUCACAUUAUUGAACGAGCACUGCCCAUUAGAUACUCCAGAUAAUGCUUCGCCGCCAUUUAAUUUUGGAAUAUUUCUUGAUUCCCUUAAAAAUCAUAACACGGAGCAUAUAAAGUUUGGAAAGAAGUUCUUUUACUCUUUUUGGUGGGGCCUGCGAAAUCUAAGUAACUUUGGCACGAAUCUCACAACAAGUACGCAUGUGUGGGAAAACUUGUUUGCAAUUCUUAUUUCUGUCAUUGGCUUGCUGCUGUUUUUAUACCUCAUUGGAAAUGUGCAGACUUUUAUGCAGAUGGAAGCUACAAAGUCAGAGGAGACAAGACAGAAGAAUAAGAUGAUGAUGACAAAUAUAAGAAUAUGGACAAAGAAUAUUCAAGUCCCUACUGAAAUGAGAAAAGAAAUCAUGAAUAGCAUGACGCAAAACUUGAAAGAACACAAAGAUGCUCAUCUCGACAAUGAUUUCUUCUCUAUGCUUCCCUUUGAAACUAAAAAAUCUCUAAAGCGUCAACUUUGCAUGAAACCACUGGAGACAGUAAAAAUGCUUAAAGAUAUGGAUGCAAAAGUGUUGCAGUUGAUGUGCGACUUUCUGAAGCAUGUGAUGUAUAGCCAGAAUAGUUUCGUUUUCCGAAAGGGAGAGCCACUGGAUUGCAUGUUCAUUAUUGAUGGGAGUAUAUGGACCUACUCGACAAGUAGUGAAAGUCAAUCUGGAAAAGCAACCCCAUCAGCAAUGACAAUGACCACCAAGACGCUCAGGAAAGGUGACAUUUAUGGGGAAGAGCUUCUCAAUUGGGCAUCAGACACGUUCUCGGAACUUCCAAUCUGCAGCCAGCAUGUCAAAAGUCAGACAAAAGCGGAAGUCCUUGUUCUGAUGGCCAAGGACUUAGCAACUGUAGUCUCCAAAUACCAGCUACUAUGGAACCUCAACAACCUUAACGACCCUCAAAGGAAGAAGAUGGCUGCUUCGACCAUACUGCGCCAUUUCCGCCAUAGCAAAGCAUUGAUGUCGUCGUCUAGCCCGCCCCUCCGCCAGCAAAAGCCAUCAAUUACUAUUUGA